AUGAAAUUGGAAAAACUGGUCCUAGUAACUGUGUGUAAGCAAUCGGAUAAACCAAGGCGUGCUGUUGACUCUCACACCCUUCAGCAUCAAAAGCAGCAACGCGGCCCAGCGUUAACUGCCCUUGCUGAAGGGUAUGGUUGCUUUCACAGACUGUUCUUCGCUCUGCCUGUUAAACCAAAGAAGUGCAGCCGUGCUGCUUUAUUUGCAAAAGCGGAGGAGCUGUUGGCGAGGAGAACGGCAGGUGGAGAUCCUCUGGCACGUUUUCUGAAAGGACAACUGUACUACGAAGAGGGGUUGUAUGAAGAAGCAUUAAUACAAUUUGAAAAAAUCAAGGAUAUGGAUUUUCAAGGAAUGUAUCAGCUUGGUGUAAUGCAUUAUGAUGGACUAGGCACUAAAGAAGACCCUGAAAAGGGAGUGGAAUACAUGAAGAAAAUACUCGACUCUGAUUCCCCAAAAGCAAGACACUUGAAGUUUGCAGCUGCAUACAAUCUUGGCAGAGCAUAUUAUGAAGGAUGUGGUGUUAAGCAGUCAACUAAAGAGGCUGAAAGGUUGUGGCUUAUUGCUGCAGACCAUGGGAACCCAAAAGCAAGUGUGAAGGCCCAGAGUACUUUAGGAAUGCUUUAUUCUGUGUCAGUUCUAAAAGAUCUGAAGAAGGCCUUUUUCUGGCAUUCAGAAGCAUGUGGCAAUGGCAACCUGGAAUCACAGGGUGCACUUGGUGUUAUGUAUCUCUAUGGACAAGGUGUAUGUCGAAACACUAAGGCUGCUUUGAAGUGUUUGAGAGAAGCAGCAGAACGUGGAAACAUCUAUGCUCAAGGCCAUCUUGUGGAAUAUUAUUACAGUAGAAAAUUUUACUCAACAGCUGCUGCAGUAGCCAAAAGGGUUACAGAAAACGACGACAUCGAUGUGCUAGCAAAGAUAACUGACUGUCUUCCUACAUACGUAGCCAAGGGGGUUGCUAUGGCUGCUUUCUAUUUGGCUAGAUGCCUCCAGCUCGGCCUGGGGGUACAGCAAGAUCAAGCCGCUGCUAAAAAAUACUAUUCUAAGGCAUGCCUUCUGGAUCCUGCCGUUGCUGCUGACCUUGAACUGGCAGCUAAUCUUGGGAGAAUUUAGUGUUUCCUUUAACUGUGAGUGGCAUAUAAAUGUAUUUCCUACAAUAAACCAUCUUUA